GCAGCGGUGCAUCAUGGGAUACAAAAUGUCUCCGAAGAGUUUUGGCUAAUGCCAAUUUACGAGAGAUAACUGCGAAUAAAUAUAUAUUAUACCCUUCUUUUUCCAGAGGUUGUAGUGUCAUCAUAUAUAUGAUAUAUUAACUGUAUUCUGCUGUCAUCAUGUCAACGAGAACGGAGUGCAGGGUGUCCAGCUCCAGCUCCAGAACAGAUGAGAGGAGGAGAUCCAGGAGCAGAGGACGAGAAAAAAAGAAGCGGAAACGCAGCCGUAGUAGAUCUUCCUCGUCUUCCUCUUCCAGUUCGUCGUCCUCAUCUUCGUCGUCCUCAACGUCGUCCUCUUCAUCAGGUUCAUCACACUCAUCUAGCCACAGUCGGAGUAGCUCUAGCAGUAGUGACUCCCGCAGUAAAUCCAGGAAGCAGUCUAAGAAAAGGAAAAAGGAGAAACAACACAAAAAAAAAGGGAAGAAAGAGAAGCGACAUAAACGUAAAAAAGACAAGAAAGCAAAAGGAGGAGAAGAAAAUUCGGGACCUGUACAGAUCUCCAAGUAUUUGAAGGACAGGAAAAAAGGCAAGUACAGCAUGAUUUCAGGGAAGAAGAUAAAGAUGAAAGUAAAGAAGUCAAAGAAAGACAAACAGCGGGAUAAAAAUCGAGCAGAACUUCUCGAGUUCUUGAACUCUACCCUGUGAUGCCACUGUGGACGCCAGUAGUGGUGCUCGGGCUCGGACACGUCACCAGAACUCAGGAAACAACAACUCACCUUUCCAGGAGAACAAAAAUGAAGGGUUUUGAUGAUGAAUACGACUUGCAUCGAUACACAGCGGGCAGCACCUAGCCGGAUGGAGUGAAAAAGCUGUAUCUCUUGCAGUGAUGUGAGAUGCGUUCAGACCACUAGCUACAUUUUCACUGUGUUACUGCCCAUGUGGCCAGUUCUUCAGCUCAGACUGAUAGCUUUUGUGAUAUGAGAUGUGUUUAUGUUGAGCAGUGUCUUCCAAAAUUUUGUCUGUGGCCAACUGAAUCAUAUGAAAGUGAAUUUGUAAUCGGACAGCAUCAAUCAGAGCAUUGAGUGUGGGUGAACUGCCAGCGAUCAGCUUCUCAUCUUUGCUUGUGGUUUGAACGUAUGGUCACCACUUACAAAGAGUCCUCGACCAAUUGAGCAUUUUACUCCUAUAACAUUGUCGGACCACAAUGGACAGUUUAAAAAAUCUAAAUCGAUGCAGCACAACCAGAGAUAUCGUCUUUUUUUUCAUUCGUUGCGUUCUUCUUCCUUGUCAAAACCAGGCGCCUACAUUGCCAAUAAUGCAACUCGACUGCCGACACUUCGGCCAGAGAUUCGGGUGUGCUAUGCUAGCAGCAGCUAAUGUAGCCUUGAGCCGCUAGCCUCAAGCAGAGACGAGGAGUGGGCUACAGAGGUCUGGUAAGCUCACGUCUUUCUAACUCCACACCCCCAGAGUUUGAACAUUUUAUUUCUUGUUCAAACUUGUAGUCUUCAACAAAACUGACACUGAGUCAAGUGACAUUAGCUUCCUCUGGAGCCACAAAGAGCUGUAUACAGCUUUCACAUAUGCAGUAGGACUCCCCAACACCUAUAAAGAGGUAAAUCUUUUUUGAACCUGCUGGACUGGCAUACAGUUAUUUUUUUUGUAGAUAAGUGACAGUUAUGUUUCCACAGUAAAUGUGGGCCGUGGGAACCCCAGUGUUAUCAGUGUCUACUGAUAUCAUAGUUUUUAAUGUGUACAUUUUGUUUAAAAUUAUAUGAGAAUCGACUCGUCGUAUGAUGAUAACUUUUCUUAUUUGUAACGUUCAUUCCACAAAAUUCUGUCAUAAAUUUUGUUUCAACAUCAGUCAUUUUAUUAAAGUGAAAUAUUAAAUAAAAUCACUGUUAGGGCCCCCUGUAUCAAUCCAGUUGAAAGCUUUAUAUGGAUGAUGGUGUAAACCUGUUGUGUACUGUUGAAUUUUGCUGUGACAAAAACGGCAAUAAACUGCUGGAAAGAU